UGGUGAUCGUACAUGCGUCACUCCUCCGUCGCGUAAAAAGCUGCCGCGGUCGAAUAUUUGUGUUUGUCUCUCUCUCUCUUGAUUUAUCACCACAUACAUGUAUCUACAGCUCAGUGCUACGGCAGCUCUCCAUCCGAAGUAACACUGCAAUUAUUGCGCCCAUCUUACGUUUUUACUUGUAUUCGACCUUGUAUUUGUGCAGUUCUAGUUACCCGUUUUUCGCACCCCUCUUUGCUCAUCAGCCCCGCUCGCAAAACCCGGCAGGCAACAGAUACCGAAAAGCGACUAGUUUUUUUUUCUUCUUUUUUUCUUAUUGCACGACACACACGCGAUAUGGCAGGCAAGAAGGCGGCUGGGGAGAACAGCAAGAAGGCUGCUGGGAACGCGCGCAAGGCCGACGCUGCUGCGCAGAAAGCUGCAGCUGAGGACGCUCGUCGGGAGGCCAAAGAGUCAGCGGAGUGGGAUAAGGGCGCAAAGAACAACUCCAAGAAGGAGGCUGAAGCGGCAAAGAAGGCAGAAGCGGCGAGAAAGAAGGCGGAGAAGGACGCCCUACUUGCAGAGGAGGAGAAGAACACCCCUGGAAGGUCAAACCCCAAGAAUGCCAAAUCGGCGGUCAAGAAGACGAGUGGCCCGUCACGAGGCCUCGACCUCUCCCAGCUCGACGGGGACGACAGCAAGCCGCUCUCGGCCCUCAACGCGACCGGUAUCGACAAUGCGCUCGACGCCCUGUCCUUGACGUCGUCAUCUGACGCGGCAAAGAUCGACAGGCACCCGGAGAGGAGGUUCAAGGCCGCCUAUGCCGCAUUCGAGGAGAGACGACUCAAGGAGGUCGAGGCAGACGGGAGCAUGUCGGGCCUGAGACUCAAGCAGAAGCAGGAGAAAAUCAGGAAGGAGUUUGAAAAGAGUCCAGAGAACCCUUUCAACCAGGUCACGGCCAACUACGACACCUCCAAGCAAGAGUUGAAGGAGAUUCGCGAGCGGGAAAAGGCCAAGAUCGAGGGCAGGCUGGCCGACAAGAAAUAGACCAAAGCAGACUGUAUAGAACUAGUAAGGACGGAGUAAGAUGUUGUCGCCAGGGGUUUCUGGAUCAUUUCUUCUUUAGCCAGCACAGCAUUUAUACCAUAAGCUUUGCGUGCAUUCUUUUUUUUUUUUAAUUCCCCUUUGUCGACAUUCAUCAGAAGCACAAAUCAGGGGUUAGAAAAAGUUAAAAUAGGUUCUCAUUAGACGUUGGAUGCUUAUGACUGCAAAAUAGUCCUUGUUUUAGAACACUGCGAUUUUCUCUCUCUUCAUUAGCGCUCGUCUCGGCUUAAAACGUACAACUAUACUGACAGAAUAGAACAGGAUACUAAAAUUUGUACUCUGUAUUGAAAUUAGAUGCGAAAUGGAGUUGAGCGCAGUCCAAGCUUCCUUAUUAGCUUCGUAUCUACG